AUGGAAUGGAAAAAAGCUUUGGGUUUCACGGAUCGGCUAAAGGUCAUUCAAUCGCUGACCACCGCCCACCAGCGAGCGUCAUCAUCUGCCGCAUUCAUUGAAGCACAGAACCAGGCGAGAAGACUAGAGAGCGAAGCAUAUGAUCAAGCUACAUCAAAGGAAGCGUAUGAGCUACUUUGCCAAAAAGCACUCGAUGCAGCAGAGGAUACUGUUUUAGCGCAAGCUGUUCCCGGAUCUGGCGAGUCAGAUGAUGAUCUGAACGUUACAAGCUGGGAAUCUGACGAGAGUAUUGGUAAAUACGAAGCUUGUCUUCAUCAUUUUGAUGGCCUUCACUCGACGAUAUACAAAGCCAAGGGUGAUGACGGUACACUUGUUGCGCUGAAGAUCACCGUCCCUCAUCUCCUAGAGGCACCCCAUGACGCCAAGCGCGAAGUCCAGCUCUUGCGCCAGGCAGCAAGCGAUCAUGUUAUACCAUUGCUGGAAACAUUCAAACUCGAUGGAGGCCGAUUUGUUCUCGUCUUUCCUUUCAAGAGGCAUGAUUUUGAAACAUUGCUCCGUCGAGAUAUGCUGACAGCAGCGCAAUCUCGAUCUGUCCUCCGAGAUAUGUUUAGUGCUCUAAGAUUUCUGCACAAGCUAGGAAUCAUACACAGAGACAUCAAGCCCGCGAACAUAUUGUUUGAUUCACGUAAUGGACCAGCCUACUUGGCAGACUUUGGGAUUGCCUGGCACGAAGGGGGCAUAGAGGCCGAACCCGCUGAUAAAAAGAUUACUGACGUGGGAACUACAUGCUAUCGGCCGCCCGAGGUUCUCUUCGGUUUCAAGGGAUACGGGACAGCUCUCGAUCUAUGGGCCGCUGGUUGUGUCGUCGCAGAGGCGGUGACAGUGGGACAUCAUCAACUCUUUGAUGCAGGCCCCGUUGGGAGCGAUCUGUCACUCAUUCAAUCAAUAUUUACCACGCUGGGGACGCCAGAUCAGGACUCCUGGUCGGAGACCAAUAGUCUUCCAGAUUGGGGUAAGAUUGAGUUCUACAAGUACCCAGCGAAGCACUGGGACGAGAUUCUUCCGGGUUCAUCGUCGAAUGGACGUGACCUCGUGAGCAAGCUGGUCUGUUAUGAGAGUGGCCAGCGUAUAUCUGCCGAACAGGCUUUGCAACAUCCCUACUUCUCGUGCUAA